GAUAGGAGAGUAUUUAAUAUUUAUACUUCUAUAUCUCCGUCAAGCACCGCCAUCUCCCUCCCUCUCUCCCUUUUAAUCAAAUCAAAAAGCCCUGAUUCCGAUCACUGAUUGAACAUGGAAGGGCAGCUGGGUGGCGCGCCGGAGUUCUCGCCGAGAGGUGCUGCCGCAGAUGAUAAUUUGAAAGAGGCGGCGGCGUUUCAGGGCAGGGGUUGCUGUUUCUGGCUGCCGUGUUUCCGCCGGCGUCCAAGUGGCGUCUGGGAACGGAUCCAAACGUCGGGAGGCCACAAAGAGGAGAUCAACACUUGGCUGUCCAAGGGCGUUCAGGUGUUCAUGAGAGUUCGGGAGUGGUCGGAGCUCGUCGCCGGUCCCAGAUGGAAGACCUUCAUCCGCCGAUUCAACAAGCGCCGGUCGAAGCCCGGGAUGUUCCGAUACGAUCCCGUCAGUUACGCCCUCAAUUUCGACGAGGGGUCGGCGCACGGCGUCGAUGCGGCGGACGAUGACGUUCUCCGCGAUGUCUCCCCGAGAUACGCGCCGAUCACGGCGACGAUGGAUUCGGGAAGGGGCGCGUCACCGUUCACGUGAAGAUUCGCUGUACGAGGCUAUCGUGCGCGUCACCUGGACGAGAGAAUUGUGGCGCAAAAUACGGGGCGAUGGUGAUCUGGCAGGCACUUUGUCAGUAUCAAUGGGGAUUGUGGUGUCACUGUUGUCAAUGCCUUUUUUUACAGCUUUGUUACCAUCUGUUUUCGUGUCCUCAAAUUACUUUUUGCUUUUUGUGCAAUUUGUAUAAAAAAAAGUGCAAACAUUGACUGUGAUUGGUUUUAUUCAUUACUUUCACAAACUGUUGACCAU